UGGAUAAAAGUUAAACCCUCGGUCAACAUGACUGCAAUAAGCCACAAACCAGACACAAACGUAGACAAAAAAAAUCUAUUUAAUCACAUCUGCAGUGUUAACAUUACAGAGGAGUGACAGUUCCGUUUACUGUACACACACACUUAUAAAAAUAAAAAAAGAGAAAGGUUUCCUCAGAGUCCUUUGAAUCUGUGAACAGGUCUGGUUUUAUAAAACAUCACGACUCGACGAAAACUGUCGGCUAUAUGAUUGUGUUCUCUCUCUCUCACACACAGAUUUGUUUCAGGACUGAUGGUGAUUGGUGCAUUGUUCACAUUGGUUUUUGUUUCCACCCUCUUCCAUGUACACCAGCUCACAGACACCAACGAUUGGCCAGCGUCGCUGUGAUUGACAGGAGAGAGAAAGUAUGUCCCGCCCACUCACAGGUGGCUGGGUGGCUCUUGGAGACACACCUAAUCCAGGUAAUCCAGAUCUGUAGGAGUGCGUGAUGUGGCUGGAUCCAGUGGAGUCACCCGGCCCUGUUUUGAGGCAAUCCAGACGCGAGCGAAGACUCUGCAACCUGACUGCACAUGCGGCUUUUCCUGACGGCAGACCGGGAUCCCUGCUACUUGGGAAAUGCCUAGCACACCCUCGGCAAAUCUGCGGCGACUAAGCAUUUCACCUCACACCCCCACUUCGACACCUGCGCACCCACACCCUCUCACAACUAUUUCUGAAUAAAGAUUUUCUCCACGAGUGACACCAAAACAGCCUCCUGUGUGUCUGUGCUCCAUCCCCCGCUGGCUAGAUUCCCUACACUGGUGGAGGAUGCGGGCAUGAGCACAGACCCGGCCCUAUAAAAAAAUUUAAAUAAAUAAUUUAAAAAAGAGAAAAGAAAAUGGAUGACAUGCUGCAGCAACUAAUGGAGGCCAGCCUCCAGCAGCAAACAAUAACGCAGCAGCUCGCCCAGAGCCUACAGGUUGCAACCCGGGAGCUGCUGGCCCUGAAAGCAAUAACCACUGUGGCCACCCCUCCUCGCCCUGAUCCCAGCCGAGAAGCCCGGGGCCUUCUUCCACACUUGACCCCAGAAGAUGACAUCGAGGUCUACUUGGAAGCCUUUGAACGGGUCGCCCACCGAGAGAGCUGGGGUAUUGAAGAGUGGCCGCGCAUCCUCGGUCCGCUGCUCUCCGGAGAGGUGUGCACAGCUUAUUAUGCCCGCACUCCAGAGGAUUCAGGGGACUACGGAGAAGUAAAGAGAGAGAUCCUGGCAUGGUGUGGGUGGAACCACCUUCAGGAGCCAGCGGCGUUCCACCGGUGGAGCUACAGGCUGGGAGCUGAGCCACAGAGAUAGAUGGACACCCUCCUGCGCCUCUCCAAGAGGUGGCUCCAACCAGAUCUGUACACCGCCACAAAGGUUGUAGAGAGGGUGGCCGUAGACUGGAUCCUGAGGACUCUGCUGCCCACAGAAUGUCAGGCCGUGGGAAUGCAAGGCCCCGGGACAUCCAGGGAACUACUGACCACCCUGGAAUGCACCCUGAACACCCUGGCACUCGGCGAGGACGGACAGCACCCGCAAAGCGGUCUGGACUACAGGACACCCGAGGACGAGCCCAGGCCAACAGAGCCGGACCAGGGAAUGCCAAAGAAGGUCCAGAAAACCUGGCAGGCAGGGUGUGUCCUCCCUACGCUGGACCUGGAGGCCCGAGGCAAGGAGGACGUGGGGACAGAAGGUAAGCUGCACACACCCUCUAACCCGCUCUCGUCUGUGUUCCAACAGGUAAACCGGCAGGGGAACUUCAGGUGGGAACAGAAGGAAGACGACUGCCUGAAACACUGCUGGGCCCAGGUGCGUCAGAUAGAAGGGGUUGAUCAGAGUCCGAACCAGAGGCUCCCCUCUUCCUACGUCCUCGUCAGGGGAGGCCUUCUGUAUCAACAGGCAAGCUGCCAAGGGGAAAUCGUGGACCUCCUGGUAGUCCCCAAGACCAAGACGCUGAUGCACCUGGCCCAUGCCCACCCGCUCGGGGGCCACCUUGGGGCACGAAACACCUUAGAAAAACUAAAAGACUGCUUUGUCUGGUCAGGGAUGGAUGCAGAGGUCUGGGGCUUCUGCCAACAGUGCCCCCAGUGCCAGCACACUGCCCCACGGAGGCCCCCACCGGCCCCCCUUAUCCCUCUGUCCCUCACAGGCAUCCCCUUCGAGAGGGUCAGUGUAGACCUCAUGGGGCUGCUUCCAAAAUCCGCCCGGGGCCAUGAGUACAUCCUGGAUUACGCCACCUGAUACCCCGAGGCGGUGCCGCUACGCAAAGCCACCUUCCGUAACAUUGCAAGAGACCAACGAGUUCAUCGAGAGGUUCAACCAAACCUUGAAGCAGAUGCUACGACAGGUGGUAGACGAAGAAGGGAGAGAUUGGGACCUCCUCCUACCCUACAUUUUCUUCGCUGUCCCGGAGUGCCCCCAAGCCUAGACCGGCUUCACUGCCUUUGAACUCCUCUUCAGAUGGCGACCUUGAGGACUGCUGGACAUGGCCCAGGAAGCCUGGGAGGAACAGCCCUCCCCAUUCCACUCAGUCAGCAAUUACGUGCAGGAAAUGCAGGGGAGAAUUGUCCGAGUGGCCCCGAUCCGCCAGGAGCAUAUGAGAGCUGCCCAGGAGGAGCAGAAACGAGUGUACAACCGGCCGGCGCAACCACGGGUGUUCCAACCUGGCGAUCAAGCGCUCCUAUUGGUGCCGAACAGCUCCUGCAAGUUCCUAGCCCGGUGGCAAGGGCCGUACACAGUCCUCGAGUGGAAGGGGGCCAUAAACUAUCGCCUGCAACAGCCCAGUAAGCGAGCGGAGACACAAACAUACCACAUGAACCUGCUAAAGAAAUGGAUAGAGCCGGCACCAGUAGUGUCUGCGUUCGCGGCACGGGACACAGGUCACGACGAGGGUACCUUGGUCCAGCUGGGGGAAGACAAAGACAGGAGCUAUACGAGUUGGUGGGUCAAUUCACGGAUGUGUUCUCUACCUCCCCAGGGAUGACGCAGCUGGUCCACCACGAGAUCAAGACCCGGCCAGGAUGCUGCAGGACAACUUCAUUGAGGAGUCCAACAGCCCCUUGGCCAGCCCCAUCGUAGAUGUGCCAAAGCCCGAGUAUGCGCCUAUGCAAUGACUUCCGGAAGCUGAACCAGGUCUCGGAGUUCAACAGCUAUCCCCUUCCCUGAGUGGACAACCUAGUGGAGUGAUUGGGGAGGGCCUGGUUCAUAUCCACCCUGGACCUAAUUAAAGGAUACUGGCAAGUGCCCCUGGCCCCAGAGGCGAGACCAAAGAUGACCUACAGCAUGGCGAACGGCCACUGGCAAUACUGGAGCUCCUCUUCGUGCUCCACGGGGUGCCUGCAAUGUUCCAGCGACUGAUGUACAUUGUCCUGCGUCCCCAUAGUGCCUUCGCAGCCGCCUAUCUGGACGAUGUGGUCAUCCAUUCCUCCACCUGGUUGGACCACCUGUUCCACCUGGGGGAGGUCCUGAAAGAGCUCCGGAAGGCCGGGCUGACAGCCAACCCCAAAAAGUGCCACCUGGGGCUAACUAAGGCACAGUACCUCGGGUACCGUAUUGGCCGGGGCCUACUAAAGCCCCAGAUGAAGAAAAUUGAGGCAGUAAGAGACUAUCCCUGGCCUACAUCAAAAAAACAGGUUCAUGCCUUCUUGGGGUUGGCGGGGUACUACCGAAGAUUUGUGCCUAACUUCUCCCCUGUAGCCCCCUUCUCAGAUCUUACGAAGAAGGGCCAGCCGGACCGGGUGACAUGGUCUGCAGAGGCAGAGCGGGCCUUCCAAGCCCUGAAAGAAGCCCUCACCAGCAUCCCAGUGCUAUGCAACCCAGACUUUGCCCUUCCAUUCACCGUGCACACAGAUGCAUCCGAAACCGGGCUGGGCGCUGUUCUCUCACAGACCUUUGGCUGAGAAGAACACCCGGUCAUCUACAUCAGUCAAAAGUUAUCCCCAGCUGAGAGGAAGUAUGAGGCCGUGGAAAGAGAGGCCCUAGCGAUAAAGUGGGCCAUCAAAGAGCUGCGAUACUACCUGGCACUUUGUCCUGGUGACAGACUAUGCCCCACUACAGUGGAUGGCCAAAGCCAAGGACACUAACGCCAGGGUAACCCGAUGGUUCCUCUCAUUGCAGGAUUUCUCUUUCCAGGUAAAGCACCGUGCGGGGACCCACCAUGGGCCAGACACGCAGCGGCAGUAGGCUCAGAGCUGACGGGGGUACUGUGGUGACAGGCCAGCAGCCGGCGCACAAGGAACAGAUUGCUCCUAUUGCGACUGCCGCGGUGGUGUUGAAGAGACAGCACUGCUUCAGCACCACCAAUGUUUUGGACGGCCAGAGAGCACGUGGCGGCGGGGCUGCCAACAUACACGGUCUGUGAAUGGAGUGCGGCAAGGAAGAAUUCCACCAUCCAGCAGGCGUGGGGAGAAUAUAAAGGGGCGAUAUUCCGCUUGGAAGGAGAGAGAAGACUCUUAGGGUGUAUGUGCUAACCUAUGCUGUGUUUUCCAGGCAAUCCAGACUCCGCCCCCUGAACGCACCCGCGACUUUUCCUGACAGAAAACCGGGAUCCCCGCUACUCGGGAAACCCCUUGAAUGCCCUCAAUCGCAGGUGGUCAGACUGCUGAAGAUAACCAGAAUCUCUCGGCUGGUGUGUCCUGGCAUGUGUCUACACACACACACACACACACACACACACACACACACACACACACACACACAAUCAUAUCGGAGCCCGACACAUGAGGGAAUGUACACAGUUCUGUCUUUUUUCAGCGAGUCAGAUAAUUUGAUUCAGCUCACAGAUGAGUCGAUUCUUUUAGCUUCAAAAUGACUCACUGGAUUUUUUUUUUUUUUUUUUUACCUAAACUGGACAAAGUUUGUGAGAUUUCAAUCAGUUGAUUUGCCAAACUAUGCUCGAAAUUCUUUACCAAAGUCGUACUCUGGUUUCUAACGAACAAAAUAACAUUACUUUGCACUGCUGUUAUUAAAUUAGCAAGGCCCAAUAAACGGACAUUGACAAAAAAUAAAUAAAUGCAGUAAGCAUCACUGCAUGGAUGCUAUAGCGUUGCUCAGUCAUUAAACAUUUUAGCUCAACCUGGCAAAAUCUGAGCUUCUCGUCAUCCCAGCCUGUCCCUCAAUCAACCGCAACCUCACUGUACAGCUUGGCUCAACUACACUCAAGCCGACCAGGGUGGCCAGGAACAUUGGGGUGAUUCUCGAUGACAGCUUGACCUUUACAGACCACAUCUCAACAACUGCACGGUCCUGUAGGUUCAUCCUGUACAACAUCAAGAAAAUCAGACCCUACCUCACCGAACAGGCUACACAGAUACUAGUCCAGGCUCUUGUUAUCUCAAAACUGGACUACUGCAACUCACUACACUUGGGCCUCCUGGCCAGCUCCAUCAAACCCCUUCAAAUGAUUCAGAAUGCAGCAGCACGCCUCGUUUUCAACCAGCCCAAGAGAACCCACGUCACACCCCUUUUCAUCUCCCUCCACUGGCUUCCUGUAGCUGCAGGAACAAGACCUUGUCUGGAACAGCACCCUCCUAUCUCAACUCUCUCCUGAAGAGAGUUGUAAUAGCUAUACAUUUAUAAAGCUAUAAACAACAAAAAGAGUAAAAGGAUAUGAUAUAAAUGAGAGAGGAAUUAAAGGCGUGUAUGAAAAGGCAGUGGCGGAGGGUUGUAUUCUCGGACGAUGUUGUCCUGGUGGUUGUUUUUACCCUGCGGAGGGUUGGUGUAGUCGGAGAGAAAACAGACAACAGCAUCAAAGCAAGGAUUCGGGUUAAAUGUAACAAAAAAAAAAUUAUUUGGUGUAAAUCAGCGGUUACGGUUCAGCUGACCCUGAGCCCCGAAUCUCAGCUCUGUGAUUGGACUGGAUUGGAUUCUGCCUCACUCGGUGUACAGUAAAUGUGAUGUAAAUGUCCGACAUUUCCACAGCUGUAGAGGGAAUACAGAAUGAUGGAUCACUCACAGGUGGGACGAGUGGGUUUUUCUCCAUUUCGAUUAUUCCGGAACACCUGCCAGGACGUGGUGAAGGGUCCGGUCUGUACCAUCAGCUCCUAAGCGCACGCAGCAUGUGCCUCUGCUGUAUCCCUCCACAAUCCUCAUCAGUGUGACAUGCUUGCAGUGGUGUUGUUUCUUUUUGUUUUCAUAGUGCUAUAACCAAGACGUCUAACACCAACAACAAAGUUGUCAGUAGCUUUGUGUAUUAACCUUUUUUUUUUUUAUUUUUUUUUUUGGGGGGGGGGGGUGAUGACCUGUACUCCGUACCCCCCCCCCAGUCCAUACAGCCUUUUCUAUUCUUUUCCACAGUACACAACCUAAGGACUUUGGGGAUUGUAUAUUCUGAAGGUGGAUUUACGAGCGUGAAUAAGAUUGUAUAUUUACAGAAAAAGAAUGGAGGAAAAAAAAAAGUGGAAUCGAGACCUACCUUUGUAGAUAUCACUCAAAUCCACACACACACACGGUAAAUGUACAACUCGGUAGCAAACGUGUUUGAACUAUCAUAUGUGCCUUAACCCUUCUCUGUGUUAGAUCGAGAAUAACUGUGUUUUCUAUUAAGCUCUUUGUUUCCCCCUCCUUUCUCUCACUCCGUGUCCUCAGUGUAGUCUUGACUGGUGGUGGGUUUGUUUGUUUGGGUUUUUUUGCGUCGUGUUUUACAUUGUAUUCUAUUGACACACUAAACGGACUCAGUGACGUAGAGGAGAAUGCCGUUCAUGCUUCCGUAGUGCUCGAUGCCACGAUGCUCCAGAAUGUAUUCCGUUCAUUUUACUAACCCCCCUUCCCCACACACACACACCCCCCCUGACGGGAGACGCGGCACUUGUUAGAAAUCCAGCGGAGAUUUGUAGGGGUAUCACUUUUGGUGUGUUUUCAAUAAAUCAUGCCUGGAAAGAUUUCA